AUGCUUAGGCGUUUGGACAAAGUAUGCCAAAAGAACUUUGGACAUCAAAAACAUACAACACUGCACGGAACCUCAAUGUCCGACUUUACAGUAACGGGAACCUGGCACGAUAGCCAUUGGCAUGCCAAAGUGCUUAAAGCUCAUUAUGGCACGCCUUUAUUAUACGUAAAAUUAUUAUAA